GGAAACCAGAGACGGAAACUACCAGGGAAGGCAGAAGAGGAAACAAAACCACAGCAAGAAGAACAAGAACGUUAAGACUGUGUGUUUGGAUUAUCCUUGUUUAUAAGGAGCAAGUUGUUUUUGUUUUAUGGUAAAGUGGAUUUUCUGAGAUCAAUUCAAGACUUUUAUAGGUACUUUUAGAGUUUGUUUCUCUACCUUUCUGGCACUUCAAAGGUGAGAGUGAGAGAAGUGGGACAGUCAGAGCAAUGGGAGGAGCUGCAGGGUUCACCAUGUAUGGAAUCCAGCUCUGUUCACAUGGUAAAUAGAGGGUCACAUGGGGCCAUAGUCUUGCGGAGUGGGGGGAAACGGGAGGGAAAGGAACAAGGAGAGAGUGAAGAGAUACUCUGCAGGACUUUGGCCUGCCUCAUGUGCAAGAGGCAGCACUUUCAACCUGAGUUUAGAGGAUACUAGAUCCCACUACAAAGAGGAAUGAACAAAAGAUUUAAGAGUGCCAUGUUGAGGUCAAACUAAAACUUUGCCUCUACUGGGCCUGGAUUUGACUUCCUUUGGAUACUUUCCCUCUUCCCUGUGGGGGUGAAAGUUCAACAACUAAUGCAAUUUUGGUUGAUGUAACUGAACACCCCUUACACACUUUAUUCCAUACGAUUGAAGAGCCAAGAUGCCCAUCAACUUUACAGUAGUACCAGUGGAGGAUGCAGAGGGUGACGGCAACAGUGCGGCUGCAGCUGUAAGCAGCAAACCUGUCAGUUUGGGCAACAUUUUUGCCAAGGAAGAUGACGAAGACAACCUACAAGGACCUCACUCAGGUGAUAACAGUCAAAAAGAGUCCACUCCCUUCAUCAACUCAGACGAUGACGGAGAACAAUAUUAUGAUGGAAAGAACAUGGCCCUGUUUGAGGAGGAAAUGGAGAGUAAUCCCAUGGUAUCAUCUCUUCUCAGCAGGCUGGCCAACUACACCAACCUGACCCAGGGUGUUCGGGAGCACGAGGAGUACGAUAACGAGGAUGGGAUCAGGAGGGUCGCGGUCACGGUCCCUCAAAUGGGAACCUUCAUUGGAGUUUAUCUGCCCUGCAUGCAGAACAUCCUGGGCGUGAUUCUCUUUUUGCGUCUCACCUGGAUCGUCGGCACCGCAGGAAUUCUAGGAUCCUUCGCCAUCGUCUCCAUGUGCUGCAUCUGUACCUUGCUUACGGCCAUAUCAAUGAGCGCCAUAGCAACCAAUGGAGUUGUCCCAGCCGGUGGCUCGUACUACAUGAUCUCCAGAUCGUUGGGUCCGGAGUUUGGAGGGGCUGUGGGUCUCUGCUUCUAUCUGGGAACCACCUUCGCUGGAUCUAUGUACAUACUGGGCACCAUAGAGAUUCUGCUGACAUACAUUAUUCCAACAGCAACGGUGUUUAAAGAGGGCGAAAGUGCAGCGAUGUCCAACAACAUGCGUGUCUACGGCACGUGCUGCCUGCUCCUCAUGGCUCUGGUAGUGUUUGUCGGAGUGAAGUAUGUGAACAAACUGGCCCUGGUGUUUCUGGCCUGUGUCGUUCUUUCCAUCAUGGCCACUUAUGCAGGAGUCAUCAAGACAUUAAUCGAACCACCAGAGUUCAACGUCUGUCUGCUUGGAAACCGAUCUCUGAAGAACGAAAUGAUUGAAACAUGCGCCAAGACAGAGGUUAUUAAAAACAUCACGGUGAUCACUGAGGUGUGGAGCCUCUUCUGUGACAGUGAAUAUUCAAACGCGACCUGUGACGAAUACUUCACCUUAAACAACCUGACGGAGCUACGGGCCAUACCCGGGCUCCUGAGCGGAGUCAUUAAAGACAACCUGUGGGGCGACUAUGGGCCAGCUGGUACAUACAUAGAGAAGAAAAGCCAGCCUUCCAUAGAGGAAACCCAGGACACCACCGAUGAUGUGUAUAAGCCCUACGUCUUCAAUGACAUCAGCACCUACUUCACUCUGCUGGUGGGAAUAUACUUCCCCUCUGUGACAGGUAUAAUGGCUGGUUCUAACCGGUCUGGUGAUCUCAGAGAUGCUCAGAGGUCCAUCCCAAUCGGAACCAUUAUGGCUAUUCUCACCACCUCUUUCAUCUACAUCUCCUGUGUGGUCUUGUUUGGAGCAUGUAUUGAAGGAGUGGUGCUGAGAGACAAGUUUGGUUACUCCGUAAAGAAGAACCCAGUGAUUGGCAUUCUGGCCUGGCCGUCACCCUGGGUGAUUGUGAUUGGCUCGUUUUUCUCCUGCUGUGGGGCGGGGCUUCAGAGCCUCACCGGCGCCCCCCGUCUGCUGCAGGCCAUCGCUCGGGACGGCAUCAUCCCGUUCUUACAGGUCAGUGUUUGA